AUUUUAAAAAAUAAUCUACAAUGUCUACAUUUGUCAUGAAAAGCAACAAGACAAGAACAUUGAGCCCCAAAGGACCUCAAAGAACAAAUUUGAAAGCCUCAAAUGUAACAUAUAAAUGCAACCGCACUUUUACUCCACGCAGAAAUCCAAAUAGAACAUUUAAUACAAGGACUUCAAAUAGAACUUUCCGUACUAGUGCAAAUCCAAUGCAAACAUUUAACAUUGAAAAUAGAAAUCAAACAUUCGAUAUGCCAGCUCCAGCUCAACAAACUUAUAAUGUUAGCAGUUCAAGAAUGCAAAACUUUUCUCAUGGAGCACAAAGCUCACUCAAUCGAACAUAUGACAAGGAAAAUCCAAUUGGUCCACAACCCGCACAUUUACAGUUUUCAUCUGAAGAGAAAAAGUUACUGAAUAGAAUCGAAAUUAUUUGUAUGGAAAUACGAAGCUUUAUUAUGUCAAUAUACAAGUUUUUCUGCAACAAUCAAGACUGCAACUGGGGAGCUAUUUACACAUUAAUUGGGGAAAUUGACUUCACAACUCAAUCAAUGAUAAAUGAAAUUUUUAUGCAGCAGUUAAGAAUUGAUGAUGAAAGGGAAGCUACUCGUUUUUCAUCCGAUCAAUCGAGUUCAAAUUUUAUUCCAAGUACUUUUGAAACUCAAUCAAGCAAUGAAUAUGGGCGUGAAAAUAGAUCAAUUUUGGAUAAUAUUCGACAACGCUUAGAUCAUUUGAAUGUCAGCGCACGUUCUACUGAUUCUCUUAUUGAAGGACUGUUGAAUAUCGAACAAACUGAAAAUAAUUUACGAAGGUUUAGGAACUAUGAAAAAAUUAAUAAUUUAACCGACAGUCAAGAGUAUAAUUUUUUAUUAAAAAAAUAA